AUUUAGUGUCGGUCAUUAUUGCAACGGGAACCAGACAAACAAUAUGGCAGCGCCCAUACGUGGAACGAAAACAAUAUAGAACUUUUACAGCUGCUUAUUCAUUUAUUUAUGAAAUUAAGCAAUCAUUUGAUAUCUAGGUGUUAAAAGAGCUGGUAAAGAUGGGGGAAAACAAAGAUUCAGGAGACCAGAAGCUUCUUGCUGGAGCUGUUAAAGCAGCUUCAUUCAACAUGGUACUACAGCUGAUGCUGAGAAUGAUGACAUUUGCUAUAAAUGCCUUCGUCCUCCGCUACAUCUCUCGUGACAUGUUGGGUGUGGUCAAUGUCAGGUUGACGUUAUUGUACUCUACAACACUGUUCCUGGCCACUGAAGCAUUUGAUAAGGCAUGCCUCAGCAAACUUGAGAAACAAGAUUGGUCAAAAAUCAUCAAUCUGAUGUGGUGCACGGUACCUGCUAGUAUGAUUGUGUCACUGGUCCUUGGCUGGGCUUGGAUUUUCCUGUUGGAGAAACCAGACUCGAACCUUGUACCUAGUUACAGUGUGGGUGUAGUCAGUUUUGCCGUAUCUACAGUUCUUGUGAUCUUGUCAAGACCUCUGUACAUAAUCGGACAAAAGUGUAUGUUUGUAAAACUUAAAGUAUUGUCAGCAGGUGUAGCAGAACUCAGUAAAUGUUUAUUAACUAUUGUGCUCGUGAUUUUUCUCCCACAACUUGGUCUCAUUAACUUUGCAAUUGCUCAGGUGGUAUAUGGUCUGGUUAUGAGUGCAGUGUAUUAUGGGUAUUUUAUUUUCUACAUCAACAAAUACGGCAAGAAAGAUGAUAGUUUUCCUUUUACUUCUGUGAAACAGUUAUUUCCAUCUAAACAGAAAGAUACAUCAUUUAUAGACCCUCAUCAAGCAUGGCUGACAUUUAGCAUAUUCAAACAAAGUUUCCUCAAGCAGAUUCUUACUGAAGGUGAAAAGUAUGUUAUGACUAUAUUUGGUGUUUUAAGCUUUGCAGAUCAAGGUAUCUAUGAUAUAGUGAACAAUCUGGGAUCCAUGGCUGCACGUUUUAUAUUCCAACCCAUUGAAGAAAGUGGUUACCUGUUUUUCUCACAGCUCUUAGUAAGAGGGGAACCAGUCAGUAAACAAAAACAGGAAUCGUGUCAGUUAGCUGUUGACGUGAUGUCAUGUUUGUUGAAGCUAGUGAUAUUGAUUGGUGCUAUUAUACUGGUGUUUGGUAUACCGUAUUCCUAUCUGGCGUUAGAUCUAUACGGUGGUACCAUGCUCUCAUCCGGGUCAGGACCGAUGUUACUACGCUGGUACUCUUAUGUUCUUGUUAUAGCUGUAAAUGGAACAUUUGAAUGUUUUGUGUUUGCUACAAUGAGUUAAUCUCAAGUUGAUAGGUAUAAUCAAAAGAUGGUGGCAUUUUCUGUGUUGUUUUUGAUCUCCUCCCUCGUCCUCACAUCAUACCUGGGAAGUGUUGGUUUUAUUUUAGCUAACUGCCUUAAUAUGACUGCUAGAAUUUUACACAGUAUCUAUUAUAUAGGAGAGUAUUACAAGAAUAGUGAAUAUAAACCAUUAAGUAAUGUAUAUCCAUCUCCCUAUGUGAUUGCUAGUCUUUUACUGUCACUGAGUCUAACAGGCAUGUCUGAGAGUUAUUUUUGCUGUGAUAAAGGUGCAGUUUACAGAUUGCUACAUAUAUGUAUAGGAGGGCUAGCGUUAUGUUCAACUCUCGCUGUGAUCUACUGGAAAGAAACUCAUGUUGUCACAUUUGUAAAAGACCAGUACAGGAACAGACAUAAACAUUGAUGAUAAACAUUGACAGAAAUAUUAUUAGGGAUCAAUUAGUGAAUUUUAAAUUGUUUUUUUAGCUCACCUGUCACAAAGUGACAGGGUGAGCUUUUGUGAUCGCUUUUCGUCCGGCGUCCGUCCGUCGUCCGUCCGUCCGUAAAUUUUUGCUUUAAAUGACAUCUCCUCAUAAACCACUGAGCCAAUUUCAUCCAAACUUCACAGGAAUGUUCCUUUGGUGGUCACCUUUAAAAAUUGUUCAAAGAAUUUAAUUCCAUGCAGAACUCUGGUUGCCGUGGCAACCAAAAGAAAAAACUUUUAAUAUAUUCUUUUAAAAAACCAUAAGAGCUAGAGCUUAGAUAUUUGGCAUGAAACAUCUUCUAGUGAGUGUCUACCAAGUUUGUUCAAAUAAAAGCCCUGGGGUCAAAAUUGGCCCCGCCCCUGGGGGUCAUAGAUUUUCCCUAUAUGCAUAUAGUAAAAACUUAAAAAAUCUUCUUUUAAAGAACCGUAAGAGCUAACGCUUAGAUACUUGGCAUGAAACAUCUUCUAGUGAAUGUCUACCAAGUUUGUUCAAAUAAAAGCCCUGGGAUCAAAAUUGGCCCCGCCCCAGGGGGUCAUUGAUUUUUCUUAUAUGCAUAUAGUAAAAACUUAAAAAUCUUCUUUUAAAGAACCCAAAGAGCUAGAGCUAAGAUAUUUAGCAUGAAACAUGUUGUAAUGGGUGUCUACCAAGUUUGUUCAAAUAAAAGCCCUGUGGUCAAAAUUGGCCCCGCCCCUGGGGGUCAUAGAUUUUCCCUAUAUGCAUAUAGUAAAAACUUAAAAAAUCUUCUUUUAAAGAACCGUAAGAGCUAGAGCUUAGAUACUUGGCAUGAAACAUCUUCUAGUGAAUGUCUACCAAGUUUGUUCAAAUAAAAGCCCUGGGAUCAAAAUUGGCCCCGCCCCAGGGGGUCAUUGAUUUUCCUUAUAUGCAUAUAGUAAAAACUUAAAAAUCUUCUUUUAAAGAACCCAAAGAGCUAGAGCUAAGAUAUUAAGCAUGAAACAUCUUCUAGUAAGUGUCUACCAAGUUUGUUCAAAUUAAAGCCCUGGGGUCAAAAUUGGCCCCGCCCCAGGGGGUCAUUGAUUUUCCCUAUAUGCAUAUAGUAAAAACUUAAAAAAUCUUCUUUUAAAGAACCCAAAGAGCUAGAGCUUAGAUAUUUGGCAUGAAACAUCUUCUAGAGAAUGUCUACCAAGUUUGUUCAAAUAAAAGCCCUGGGAUCAAAAUUGGCCCCGCCCCAGGGGGUCAUUGAUUUUCCCUAUAUGCAUAUAGUAAAAACUUAAAAAUCUUCUUUUAAAGAACCCAAAGAGCUAGAGCUAAGAUAUUAAGCAUAAAACAUCUUCUAGUUAGUGUCUACCAAGUUUGUUCAAAUUAAAGCCCUGGGGUCAAAAUUGGCCCCGCCCCAGGGGGUCAUUGAUUUUCCCUAUAUGCAUAUAGUAAAAACUUAAAAAAUCUUCUUUUAAAGAACCCAAAGAGCUAGAGCUUAGAUAUUUGGCAUGAAACAUCUUCUAGAGAAUGUCUACCAAGUUUGUUCAAAUAAAAGCCCUGGGAUCAAAAUUGGCCCCGCCCCAUGGGGUCAUUGAUUUUCCCUAUAUGCAUAUAGUAAAAACUUAAAAAUCUUCUUUUAAAGAACCCAAAGAGCUAGAGCUAAGAUAUUAAGCAUGAAACAUCUUCUAGUAAGUGUCUACCAAGUUUGUUCAAAUUAAAGCCCUGGGGUCAAAAUUGGCCCCGCCCCAGGGGGUCAUUGAUUUUCCCUAUAUGCAUAUAGUAAAAACUUAAAAAAAUCUUCUUUUAAAGAACCCAAAGAGCUAGAGCUUAGAUAUUUGGCAUGAAACAUCUUCUAGAGAAUGUCUACCAAGUUUGUUCAAAUAAAAGCCCUGGGGUCAAAAUUGACCCCGCCCCAGGGGGUCAUAGAUUUUCCCUAUAUGCAUAUAGUAAAAACUUAAAAAAUCUUCUUUUAAAGAACUCAAAGAGCUAGAGCUAAGAUAUUUAGCAUGAAACAUUUUCUAAUGGGUGUCUACCAAGUUUGUUCAAAUAAAAGCCCUGGGGUCAAAAUUGGCCCCGCCCCAGGGGGUCAUUGAUUUUCCCUAUAUGCAUAUAGUAAAAACUUAAAAAAUCUUCUUUUAAAGAACUCAAAGAGCUAGAGCUAAGAUAUUUAGCAUGAAACAUGUUCUAAUGGGUGUCUACCAAGUAUGUUCAAAUAAAAGCCCUGGGAUCAAAACUGGCCCGGGGGGUCAUUGAUUUUCCUUAUAUGUGUAUAGCAAAAACUUAAAAAUCUUCUUUGGAAAAACCCAAAUAGCUAGAGUUUAGAUAUUAAGCAUGAAACAUCUUUAAAUAAAUAUCUACAAAGUUUGUUAAAAUAAACGCCCGGGGGUCAAAACUGGCCCUGCCCCAGGGGUGUCAUUGUUUUUAACUAUAUGUGUAUAGUAAAAACUUUAAAAAUCUUCUUUUAAAAAAGCCAAUGAGCUAGAACUUAGAUGUUUAGCAUGAAACAUCUUCUUAUGGGUGUUUACCAAGUCUGUUCAAAUAAACAAAUAAAAGGCCUUGGGUAAAAAUUGGCCCGGGGGUGGGGGGGGUCCUAUAUACAGGUGAGCGACCUCAGGGCCAUCAUGGCCCUCUUGUAUAAAUUAUAUUAACAUACCUUCAUGAAGGCAUGCUUGAAAGGAUUCCUUUUUACCUCGAACUAUUUGAACCUAGACCAAUCACACUUAGUAAAUGAUUGUUAUAAUCAUAUUGCGGCGAAUCAUUAUUUAACUGUGGCGAAUCAUUAAUUCACUGAAGCAAAUAGUUAAGUUGCGAAUCAUUAUUGUGGCGAAUCGUUACUAAUUCAUUCAAGCUUUGUAUUGCAGUCUCCUUCUUUGAAAUUUGAUACAUGAAAUUGUAAAUAAAAUAAGGAAAAAUUGAUCAUCACAUUAAUUUGUUAAAAAGGACCAGACUUUUUAUAUUAUACGCAGUUGGAAGCAAUAUUAAUUAUUGAUGAAAAUUGUUACUUUGUAUUUAAAGAUAAUUAUAUAUGAAUUAAUAAUUGAAAAAAACCCUUAUAAUACAUAAUACUAAUACAGUCUCUCUUUAAAUGUCACACAUCUUUUUAAUACAUACAGAGAAGAUAUGUUAUGUUUUAAAAUCUACAUACUAAUAUCACCGGCAGUUUAUUAAAGUAAAUUCACAGUACAAUGUAUUAUACACAUAUAUGAGCCGCGUCAUGACAAAACCAACAUAAUGGGUUUGCGACCAGCAUGGAUCCAGACCAGCCUGCACAUCCACGCAGUCUGAUCAGGAUCCAUGCUGUCCGCUUACCAACCCUAUUACAAGUAGAAAAACUGAUAGCGAACAGCAUGGAUCCUGAUCAGACUGCGCGGAUGCGAGGGCUGGUCUGGAACCAUGCUGGUCGCAAACCCAUUAUGUUGGUUUUGUCAUGACGCGGCUUAUAAAGACUUGUGAUACUGAUUAUUAUUGGAAGGCAAAUUCAAGGUACUCUGUGAAAGAAAUUGUUUUUUUACUGAAUUUUGUAAAAAAACAAUUGUGAAAUCCCAAAAUAUGAAACUGUUAAGAAAUUCUAAGGAUUUUGAAUUUUGAUCUAUGUUGGGCUAUGUUGCUUAUGUUAAAUAUUUUGUAAGCAUAAAACUGGUAUAUAUGUUCAAAGAGCUAUAUUUAAAUGUAAUAAAAGUCUGAUAUUUUUUAAUUUUGAAAACUACUAUUUCGCUUUAUUAGCAAAUUAAAGCACUUUUUCUAGACUCUUGUAUUACUGUGAAAUGUCCAGAUAUAUUAUACAUUUUCUAUUAGCACAUGCACAUUUAAAUAU